GAAAUGUGGGCUUCCUGUUGUUUUAUGGAGCCUUCCUGUAAAGGAAAGAACGAAAAAAAAGUUAGGAUAUGUAAGCACAGGCUAGCCUCCAAGUGCAAGAAGGACACAGAGCAUUGUUGGGCAACAUGACAGCCAACAGAUUUCCCCUCGUUUUUGCUGUCUCUUUUCUUCUUAUGUGUGCCUUGUGUACCCCAGUAGGUUGUCUGGUGGAUGAAACGUUAUCAAUGCAGUCAGCCAACACAGUAGUGUAUCAAUCCACAGAGAUGACGAUCGAUAUUGCCAAUACCACCAUUGGAGGCACUACCUCACCAAGCGCUUGCGGAAAAAGCACUGUCAGCUGUAUGAACUUCCACAUUUUCUGCGACACUUUUUACGGGGGAGCCACCAUGGACUGCCUUUAUGAGCUCCUGGCGCACAUGUGCCUGUGCAACUUUGACAUGGCCAUGGCGGCGUUGAACACCACCGACUGGUGCGCUUGGGGCAAUGUGAGCGGGUUGUACAGCAACUUAAGCCUGUGCACCGAGAACAUCUCUGACUGCCUGAGCAUCCCGUGGCCCAACCCUCUGGUGGAGCAGACGUUUGUCGACAUCCACCACAAGUUCUUCAAGGACUGCCCCAUGGAGGAGCUCAGCGACCCGGCGCCGCCCAUCAUCUUCGCCCUGGUCAUCACGCCCAUCCUCCUGAUCCCCAUCAUGGUCAGUCUGGUGGUCCUCAAGACCAAGAAUGGAGAUGGGAGCUCCUGAUCCAAUUUGGGGGAGGGCCAACGAUCAAAAACAUCACUGGAGAUUUAGAAUACCAUAGGUGCUUUUCAGCCAAAUACAUCCUGGAACAUUUUGUUCCUGGUCGUGUUAUUCAAAGACCAAAACGUUUCCUAUGAUCUAUUUUAAUCUAUUUUCUGGGAAUUACACAAAUCAGGCCAAUGACGCAGGAAGGAUCCGGUUGAACCAUUUGCCAGUUCUGCCUUUGUUGUUAUAUUCUCUACCCUUUUUUAGUUUCUCCCAGACUCGUUUGGCUCAUCAGUUAUCAACCUUGUGAAUAUCUCGGCAUUUUCGUGUCAGACUGCCGUUUCCAGUUCCCUCGGCUUUCAUCUUUCAUCAUCAUUAGAAGAAAUGUUCAACAAAGCGUACCACCUCGCUGUCCGUUCAUCUUGUAGCAUGACGAAAUUGAAACGGUAAUGAAAGUGCCGAGCCUGCUCCAAAACACCUGAAACCUUUUUAUGAAGUUCUACCUUCUGAUCAGAAUCAGAAUCAUCUUUAUUUGCCAAGUAUGUCCCAAAAACACACAAGGAAUUUGUCUCGGGUCUUUUUUUGGAGAUCGAUUUGACCUGGCACAUUUUAGACCAUGAUCUUCUGAACGUUACCAUUUCCAGGAAAAACCUCCUGUGGAUCAAGUCCUUGCUUUAUCUGAAGCCACGUUUCCAUCAAGUGGUUAACUUCAUUUGACACGAGAAGGAUCCGGUCAAAACAGUUUGCCGGUUCUACAGUUUUGUUUUCUUGGCAUAUACGUUUUUACUUCGGACUGCCGUUUCCCGUUCCCUCGUCAUCUUGCUGUCCAUCCAUCUCAUAACAUGAUGACAUUGUUGUAAAUUAAAAUAGUUCCUAGACAUUUUUAACCAGCUCCCAAUCGGAGUUGGACUCGUGCCGGGGGAAAUGUAUCUACCCUAGAGGGUUAGGGGUUGCUCGAUUUGCCCUGGCACUAGAUUUUAGACCAUGAUUGUCUGAAGGUUCCUAGUUCCAGGGGUAAGUUCACAUGGACCAUCAACUCCUUGCUUUAUCGCAAUAAUCCACAUUUCUGCCAAUCGGUCGAGUCUAGUUUGGUCACGUAAAUCCUGAUGCGGCUUCUGUUUCGGGGUUUAGGGACGCAGUUAUUACAGUAACUAAAUAAAAAAAACAAGACGACAGUUUCUUCUCGACAUGAAGCUUUUUAUGACAAAAAGCAGUUUUGUGUUGUGCAAGCAGAGACUUUUCUUUGUCCAGCUGUGCCCCUUUUGACACCCACCCACUCUUUUUGGUGUCCCCACAGCAAGGAUGCCAAAAGUGAUAGACAACGGUGCGUUUGACAAACAAAUCGUACCAAAGUGAACAGACCUGUGCUACUUGGUGGAGACAGCCCCGUCAUCUUUUUAAUGACAAGACCUUCGUGGAUUGGUCGCACUUAAUGUGAAGCAAAUGACGACAAGCACCUUUAGCACAUUGUGUAAUUAUGACAAAAGCGCAAGAGCUUGCUAGUAAGACAUAUUUUGAUUACAUUGGGAGUUUUUGUCCCCCCCCCACACACACUAAGUGUUGGGUGGCACAGGUAGCUAGCUAUUCAUUAUAUUGAGUCAGCCCGGCAAUCUGCUCGGGUCGGGCAGGAUGGGAUGCCAGAGGUGAUGGAACACAGUUAUCAGGAGACGGAGCCGUCUUUCCUGCUAUUGUCUCCUUUUAAAAGACAAGCCUUCCUCCGCCAUCCUCAUCCUCUUAUGGAGAGCUGAUUUAUAUUUAACGUAAUUUCAAUGACAGGAAGCAAAAGAUUUCAAUAAUGUUUCGCCUUGUCUGAGUGACGAGAAAAAGCUCUUUGCUAUUUCGGAUUUAGUUGCUAUUUAUGUGAUAUUUCUGUGUAUUUUCUGAACUUCCUAUAGCGUCUGAGAGGAAACAAUACUAUGUACUGUAUUAUAAUAAUUAAAAAUUUCAAACAUUGAGAUUUAA